AUGUUCAGUCGGGCCCUCUGUAUUGUCCUCGCGGCGUGCAUCAGUGUGGUUUCGUACGGUGCUGUGGUUUCCGAACUAGACAGUUCAACAUUAGGCGUGGAGGCCACACAAAUCCCCCGAAAGAGAAACAGCAGCAACACCAAUCAGCCCAAAACGAACGUAACGGCACCCACACAAAUCCCUCUAAAUAGAAGUAGGUUUACCAUAAUGCGGAGAGCAGAUUCAUGUCGAAUUGAUUUUCCGACUGCCAUGGGCUCCCUUAAUCUCACUAUCUGCUGA